AUGGCGAGCCGAUUAGGAUCAUCGACAAUGGCCGUCGGGAGAACGGCAGGUAGAACCGGUGCAGGUAGGGCUGCUCUCAGUGGCACGCGCGCGCACGUGCGAGCGUGCCAGCUCAGCACGGAGAUCCACACGCUAUUGGCCGUCAUGCGCCAGAGCUCCAAAUGGGCUGUCUCCCCGAUUUUCCUCGACGAGACCUCCGGCGCCGACGCGGAGGAUCCGCUUUUGCGCAAUCUUAAAGCCCUAAGGCAGAAGAUCGUCACCGAUUGGUCAGACGACGACUGGGAGGCGGCGCGCGUGCCGCCUUCCGCGUACCUCACGCCGUUUCUCGACGUCGUGCGAUCCGAGCGAACAAACACGAUUGUUACCAGCGUCGCAUUGUCGUCAGUGCUCAAGAUCCUGAAUCUGCAGUUUUUCGACGAGUCGACGCCCGGCGCGGCGGUGGGGAUCCACAUGGUCAUGGACGCGGUCACGUCGUGCCGCUUCGAGGUCACGGAUCUCGCGUCGGAAGAGGCAGUUCUCGUCAAAAUUCUCCAGGUAACCGUGUCGCGUCUUAGAAUACCACGUGUCAAGGUUCUUCUAGAAACGGUUCUUCUAGAAACGGUGCGCAGCCCAGCGGGUCCCCUGCUGUCAGAUCGCCACAUGUGCAGCAUCGUCAACACGUGCUUCCGCGUGCUGCACCAGGCGGCCUCUAAGUCACUGAUUCCCCCCUUUCCCCUUCCCUCCCCAUCCCCCAGGUUCUCCUGGAAACCCCCAGCAGGCCCACUCCUCUCGGAUCGCCACAUGUGCAGCAUCGUCAACACGUGUUUCCGCGUGCUGCACCAGGCGGCCUCCAAGAGCCACCUGCUGCAGCGCCUCGCCUGCCAAACCCUCCUCGACAUGGUCCGCGAGAUUUUCGGGCGGCUGCCCGAGCUGCCCGCGAGCGAGGAGGAAGGGGAGCUGGGGGAGGCCGAGGCGACGCAGGGGACGAUGGACAGCACGCCGUUCUCGCCAAGAGUGGAGGCGAGGGAGGGGGGCGGGGAGGAGGGGGUGCAGGAGGGUGCGUUGGAGCUUGGGGGAGGGAUGGUGGAGGAGGGGGGCGGAGGGGAGGGCCGAGAUGGUGGCAAUGCUGGUCAGGUGAGUGUGGUUGAACCGGGUCAGGGAGUGGAGCUGCGAACAGGGAAAAGGUGGGGGGAAGGCGAGGCGACACAGGGGACGAUGGACAGCACUCCGUUCUCCCCUCGGGUGGAAGCGAGGGAGGGGAGCAGGGAGGAGGGGGUGCAGGAGAGUGUGUUGGAACUAGGGGGGGCGGUGGUGGAGGAGGGGGGUGAAGGGGGUGGGCGAAAUGGUGGGAAUGCUGGUCAGCGCGGCUCAAGCAGAGAAGCCGCAGGCGAGGGAGAGGACAGGGAGGAGGGCGAGGAGCGGGGGCAGGCAGGCAGCAGCAGCAACAGAGCGUUGGUGGGAGCGUUGGGGCGCCCGCAUGGGGUGGCGUGUGCAGUGGAGGUGUUUCACUUCCUCUGCUCGCUGCUAGGCCUGGAGGACCAUCAGUCAGCGCUCUUUGCCUCGGGCAUGCUAGCAGACGAUGACGUCUCUCUGCUGGCCCUCAGCCUCAUAUCGGCUGCUCUGGAGCUUGCUGGGCCAGCGGUGGUACACCACCCGCGCCUGCUGUCACUAGUUCAGGACGAGCUGUUUCGGUCACUGCUUCAGCUGGGACUCUCCCCCAACCUGCUCGUGCUCUCCCAGGUACGAUGCUACUCUCGGGUCUCCCUCCCAGGUAUGAGCCUCCUCGGCCUGGAGGACCAUCAGUCAGCGCUCUUUGCCUCGGGCAUGCUGGCAGACGACGACGUCUCGCUGCUCGCCCUCAGCCUCAUAUCGGCUGCGCUGGAGCUUGCUGGACCGGCGGUGGUGCACCACCCGCGGUUGCUUUCCCUCGUGCAGGACGAGCUGUUCCGCUCGCUGCUGCAGCUGGGACUGUCACCGAACCUGCUCGUGCUCUCCCAGGUCCUGGCAAUAGUGCAGAUCCUCUUCCAUUCGGCCCGAGUACACCUGAAGCUGCAGCUGGAGGUCCUAGCCAUAGUGCAAACGCUCUUCCAUUCAGCCCUCCAGACGCUGCAGGGUGUGCUCGCCAUAGUGCAGACACUCUUUCAUUCAGCCCGAGCGCACCUGAAGCUGCAGCUCGAGGCGUUUUACACCUGUGUCAUCGCCCGCCUCGUCGGCACAGCAGGAAAGUUCACCGCGACUUCCUUCGCGCAGCAGGAAGCUGCCCUGGAAGCCCUCCUCGACUUUUGCCGCCUGCCCGAAUUCGCCGUGGAAACUUACGCCAAUUUUGACGCCGACCUCACAUGCGCGAAUUGCCUGGAGGAGCUUUCAGGACUGCUGUCUCGAGCAGCCUUCCCUGUGAACACACCGCUAUCAUCGCUGCAUGUGCUGGCUAUGCAGGGGUUGCUGGCUGUAGUGCAUCAUAUGGCGGACAGGGCCAAUGCGGCUGCCGCUGCUGGUGUUGCCGCUGGUGCUGGUGGUGGUGUUGCGCCCGACGCCCGCGCAGUCGCCUGCUUUCUGCGCUUCACACCGGGACUUAACAAAACACUAGUGGGGGACCUGCUGGGCGGGCACGAGGAGUUCCACGUCCGCGUUUUAGGGGAAUUUGCUAAGCUGUUCGACUUCGAGGGCAUGGCGCUGGACGCGGCGCUGAGAACCUUCCUGGAAGGGUUCAGACUGCCGGGGGAGGCGCAGAAGAUAUCGAGAGUGCUGGAGGCGUUUGCAGAGCGGUACUAUGAGCUGGCGCCCGCUGCGUAUGGGUUUGCGAACCAUGAUGUGGCGUAUGUGCUGUCGUACUCUGUCAUCAUGCUCAACACUGACCUCUAUAAUGGCCAGGCGUAUGUGCUGUCGUACCCUGUCAUCAUGCUCAACACUGACCUCUACAAUGGCCAGGUGCGGCGCAAGAUGACGGAGGAGGAGUUCAUCCGCAACAACCGGAAGAUCAACGACGGCAAGGACCUCCCAAGAGAGCUGCUCUCAGAGCUCUACCAUGCCAUCGCCCGCAACGAGAUUAAGAUGUCCUCCGACGUCUCCCUCUCCUCCUCCUCCGCCUCCGCCUUCCCUGAGAUGAAUCUCAGCCGCUGGCUCGGGCUGAUCCGACGGUCGCCGACCGCCGUGCCUUACAUCCUCGCAUCUAGUGCUGAGCCUGAGUUUACUCCUGCUUCUGCUGCUACUGCUGCUGCUGCUGCUGCUGCUGCUGCUGCUGCUGCUGCUGCUGCUGCUGCUGCUACUGCUGCUGCUGCUGCUGCUGCUGUGGCUGGCGAUGGCAUUGGUGAUGGUGGUAGUGGUAUCGGUGCCAGUGCUGUUGCUGCUGCUCUGGGGGACAGAGCCAGCACUGACAAUGCUGCAUGUGAUGCCUCGCCCUCUCAGUCUCUUGACUCCGCCACUCCCGCUUUCCUCACUUCAGAAUCCCUCCCUCCCGCCCCCCCUCUCCUGCAGUCCUCCUCCCCACCCCGCCCCUCCCCCCCAUCCAAGCACCUCUCCCCACUCUCCCCUCCUCUCUCCAACCUCUCCCUCCCGCGCUCCUCCUCCCUCUUCCUGCUCCAACUAGACAGAGACGUGUUUGCAGUAGUGGCAGGCCCAGCCAUAGCAGCCAUAUCAGUUGUCUUCGACCACACAGAAGACGACGAGUCCCUCCUCCGCUGCUGCACUGACGGGUUCUCAGCCGCUGCUGACGUGGCGGCUUUUCACGGGUUCUCGGGUGCGUUGGACGAUCUAGUGGUCUCCCUCUGCCGAUGCACCACGCUCCGCCUGAACCCCUCCGGAUCGCUGCCAAGUGGCGCCGAUCUAGUGGACAACGCAGCAGCCGUGGCUUUUGGAGAGGACACCAAGGCUCGGCUGGCCGCCGUGACUGUCUUUGGUUUGGCAAACAGGCACGGCGGGGUGGUUCGGGGAGGGUGGCGGAACCUGCUCGACUGUGUGGUUCGGUUGCACAAGCUAGGAUUGCUGCCUGCUCGUGUUAUUAGCGAGGUAGAGGAUACAGAGGACGGGGCAUUCGCAGGGGGGUUAUACGCCUCCCCACAACCACAGCAGCAGCCGCAGCAACAGUCACAGCAGCAGCCGCAGCAGCAGCAGAUGGGAACGAGUCCCACCCCUUCCUCCUCCACUAUAUCAUCUACCACCACCGCUGCCACAUCAACCCUGGCCAUCACAAGCCCGGCAGCAGCAGCAGCCCGCAAGAAUGGUGCCGGCAGCGGCAGCGGGGGCGGGGGAGGGCUGAUGAUGCGUUUCUCCCAGCUGCUCCUUCUGGAUUCUGAUGACGACUACUCGUACGGCGGCGCCAGCUCAGCGCAGCCCACGGAGCGCCAGGUGGCGGCGCGGCAGCGCACGGAGGAGGCGGUGGGGGCGUGCCGGAUCGAGGAGCUGUUCCGGGAAACCUCAGAGGGGCUAGAAGCAGAAGCACUGAUGCACCUCGUGAGGGCCAUUGUGUGGGCUGCUGGCAGGGCUUUUAGGGGCGCGCUGGGGGUGGGCCCUGGUGGGGCUGGUGGGGGGAGUGCUGGGGGCGCGGGGGGAGGGGCUGGUGGGGGCGGGAUGGGGGGAAGAGGAGGCGGAGGGGGAGCAGGAGCGGGAGCGGGGGGAGGAGGUGGUGGUGGGGGAGGGGGGGUGGCUGGUGGGGCGUCUGUGGGGGGAGGAGUGGGGAGUGGAGGAGGGAUAGCUGUCGGCCCUCUAUCACCCGAUGAAGAGGACACAGCAGUCUUCUGCCUGGAUCUGCUCCUCGUGGUAACCCUACGUAACCGCUCCCGCGUGCUGCUCAUCUGGCCGCUCCUCUCCUCCCAGCUUGCAAUCAUCAUGCAGUCGGCCCAUGCGGGUCCGCCACCUGGCCCACUGGUAGAGCGAGCCGUCUUCGGUCUCCUCCGCCUGUGCAGAAAGCUCCUACCAGCAGCCGAUGAAACCCUAGCUGAUGAGCUUCUAAGGUCCCUGCAGCACGUGCUGAGACUCGAUGCCAGGCUGGCUGAUGCCCUCUGUGAGAGGAUCACUCGCGGCGUGUUGGGGAUUGUGAGGGAGGGGCGGCAGAGCGGGGCGCUGCGGAGAGUGAAGUCGCCUCCUGGGUGGAGAACGCUCGCUGCUCUGCUGGCCAUCACAGCCAGGCAUCCUGAUGCUGCUGCUCCCGGGUUCGAAGCCCUCUCGUGGCUCAUGGCGCCCAUUCCCCCGGGUGCUGCUGCUCCCGGUGCAUCUCCCGCUGCUCUCGCGUCGGAUUUCUCUGCUGGUGCUGUGGAGGAUUAUGGGGAGGUUUGCACUGAUGGGCCGCCCUGCGUGUCCCCGUGCAACUUCAUCCCGUUCCUCGACGCGGCUCGAGACUUCGCCGAGGCUCGGGUGGGAGGUUCGGAGCGGUCGAAGCGGGCGAUGGACCUGCUGGGGUGCUUGAUAGACUGUCUGCUGGAGUGGAGAGUAGCAGGGGAGAUGGAGCAAGCAGCAGAGGCGGACCGACUAGCAACAGCAGCAGCAAUGGCAGGAGGCGGUAGGAGUGAGGGAGACAGUUUGAGCAGUGCUGUUUCCGGUGCAUUUUCCCCGCAGCAACAACCUCCCCCGUCAGCCGCCGGGGGAGGCACAUCUGGAGCAGGGCGGUUCUCAGGGCAGGACUUGGCAGACCUGUGGCUGCGCCUGCUGCACGCGCUGCGCCGGGUGUGCUCAGACCAGAGAGAAGACGUGCGGAACCAUGCUCUCGUGUGGCUGCAGCGCUGCCUUCUCGCUGCCGACCCCCUCCGCAUGCCCACCACCAUGUGGGCUCCGUGCUUCGACCAGGUCGUGUUUGUCCUGCUGGACGAUCUUUUAGAGGUGCAUUUGCGGGAGAAACCCAAGGAAUACCGGGGUAUGGACGCGUCUCUGCUCCGUGCUGUCAAGAUGCUGUCCAAGGUUUUUCUGCAUUUUCUUGCCAGCCUUGCUUCGCUGCCAGGCCCGGGGUUCCGAGCCUUGUGGCUCGGCGUGCUGCUUCGGAUGGACCGGUAUAUGAGGGCUGGAGGGGCUGGGGGCGGCGGGGGGAGGAGGGGAGGAGGAGGUGGGGAGGGGAGAGGAGGGGGAGAGUCAUUGAGGGAGAGUGUGGGUGAGGUGCUGAAGAAUAUGCUGAUGGUGAUGCUGACACAGGGCGUGCUGCAGGUGACUGACGCGUCAGACACGGAGAGCCUGUGGACUGCCACGUGGCGCGCGGUGCACGCGAUGCUGCCGCACUUAAACCCUGAGUCGCUCGUCCCGCCGGCACCGAUUGCACCUGCGCCCAUGGCUGCGGGUCCUGUAGGUGCUGGUGCUGCAGGGAUGGAUGGGCAGCAAUCAGGAGCGGCCGUGGGAGCGGUUGAGGCGCUUGCCGAUGCGCUGUGCCCGUCAAAUCGCUCUCAGCCUACCGCCAGCCCAACAGCCGAAGCUGCAUCCAAUCCUGAGACAGCUGCUGCUACAACCGACGCUACAGCCGGCGGUGCUGGAAGCAUCACCUCAGGAGGUCACGGCUUGAGACUACCGCCGUGGAAUUUCGACGGAGUGCAUUUCACGGAUGGGGGGCCUCUCACCGUGCAGUACCUGCUGCUGCUCGACGCCCUCAACUUCUGCUUCUGGCCGGGUGUGACCAAAGUGAGACCAAGGCCUACAAAAUUUCGUUAUCCUUCUUAUUCCUUCUCAAUCAUCCCCUCGCUUUCCCCUAUCCACUUCAUCCACUCCUUGCGCUUCGUCCCCUCCAUCCACUUCACGCCCACAACAGACCCCUCACUGCACUACGAGCAUCUGGCGUCCAGCCUAAGAGCAGCAGUGCAGCGCGAUCCCACCAGCAUUGGUGCUGCCCGCCUCGCAGCGCUUGAUGUCGCAGGCCUGCGUGCUCUGCUUGGCCCGAAGCCCUUCCCGUUGGAGCAGCAGCGGGUGCAGGCAGCGCGGCAGGUGGGGCAGGUGCUGCUGCGGCGCUUCAGUGGCAGUGCGGCGAGCAUGGUGGAGGAGGCAGGGGGGAGUGCAGAGAGGCUCGUGUGCCUGCUCACCACACACUUCACCUACUUCCAGGAUCACGCAAUCUACCGUGGCCGCCAGGUGGCGCUCUUCAAGAGGGCGCAGAUCUUUGUGGCAGAUGUGUGGGGCGCGUUCAAUGGGCGUGGGCUCGGUCACUUCUCAGACAUCCACCGUCUCACCAUGUUUGCCGACUAUGUGGUCCCCGCCGUGCUGAGAAGCAGAGGCGUGCUCAGAUACGCCCCGGGCAUUGCUGCUGCUGUGGAUGGCAAACAAGAGAUUCUCCCGGGUAGGCUGGGUGGUUUUCCAGGUUCGGAAGAAGAGGUGGAGAUUAGAGCGUGCUGCAUCGUUGCCACCGAGCGGCUUCGAGAGCGAUUGGAGCGUACAGUGGGGAAGCAGGUGAGAUGA